UUCUACGAUUGCUCGAUUAUUAGCACACUUUUAUUUAUUCAUAAAAGGAAAAAAAAUGAUCGAGUUCAGAAUAUCCGCACCGGGCAAGGUGAUCCUGCAUGGAGAACAUGCGGUGGUGUACGGGAAAACUGCUCUGGCAGCUAGCUUAGAUUUGCGCACCACAGUUGCAUUCGCCGAACUACCCAAAUCAGAUUCAAAAGAUAUUAUCAAAAUAGAGUUUACCGAUAUGGAUCUACAGCUGGACCUGCCUUUACAGCUGUUCCUGGACCACUUCUAUGACGAUAAUUUCCAUUACAGAAUCGGCGAAAAUAAUGACUCGCUAUUACACGAACAAGUGGAGCAGUUCAUCGCCUCGCUGGAUAGUUCGUGCGGCAUACGCAUUCCGACGAAUCAGCAGAAGUUAAGCGUACAUGCGUUCUUUUACUUGCUCCUUUACGUCGGCCACGAAGAGCGAAUCGAUAUAAAACCUUUCCACGUGAACUUGAGCACGCGGUUAACGAUCAGCGCGGGAUUGGGCAGUUCGGCGUCGUUCGCGGUGUGUCUCGCGGCAUGCUUUCUGCAUUGGUCGCGUCUGCAGAAGGCUGCUGUAGGUCCUUUCGACAGAGACGAUCUCGAGAAGAUCUCAAAGUACGCUCUGAACUGCGAGCGAAUCAUACACGGCUCUCCGUCCGGUAUCGACAACAGCGUGUGCACUUACGGCUCGAUAAUAGAAUUCCGACGGGGUGAGCCGGUGAAUGUGCUGCCUGAAAUGCCGAGCAUGAAGAUCCUGCUGGUCAACUCGAAGAUCAGCCGCAAUACGAAGGAUCAGGUGAAGCGAGUGGCGGAUCUGAGACAACUGUAUCCGGCAAUAAUCGAUCCCGUUUUGGACAGCAUCGACGUUCUGUCGAGGACGGCUCUUGAAGUGAUCGGCAGAAUUCGCGACAACUUAGAUAACGAUGCAGCUCUUCUGGAAGAAUACAAGAAGUUACUGACUCUUAUAAACAUGAACCAAGGACUGCUAAGCGCGUUGGAUGUGUCGCACUUGAAGCUGGAUGUUAUUUGCUCAAUCGCACGAGCUUCCGCAUUCGCGGGGAAGCUCACAGGUGCAGGUGGAGGUGGAUACGCAUACAUUUUGCUGCUGCCGCACACGCCGGCAGAACGUAUCACGAAUCUCUCUGAACAGUUAAUCGCAGAGGGUUUUAGCGUCACAACGACCAGUCUAGGUUGCAACGGAGUGAGGAUUGAAUAAUACGGUAAGAUUUUAAUAUGAAUAAUCAAAUCAAUUUAAUAUGGAAAAUUAAGUAUCAUUAAUGAAUUAAGUUCAGUUGUUUGAUUACGAGUAAUGUUACAAAUGGAAGAAGAAAAUAGUUUUAUAAUGUAUUAUGUACAAUAAAGGGCAAUGGAAUGCAUAUUAAAUAAAUAUAAUACACGAAGUAUCACAUUAUAAAUGGGAAGUUAACAAUAAAAUAUUUCUUCGCGCUGAUAA